AUGAAAGAAGUCCGAGAAGUGCAAGACCGAAAUUUGAACCAAUUAGAUACAAAAAAGGAAACUAAAGCUAAAUCUCUAAGUAAAAAGAGAUCCCUAUCUAAAUCUAAAGAAAAGGAAGGUAAAACACCCAGUCAUACGCAACGAAUAGGCCAAAUCCAAGAGAAAAUUAACACACUCUUAGAAAAGAUAGAGAGAAUUGAACUAGCUCGUUCGCAUAGUUUAUCAACACAAGAGAAUAAUUUAGCCAGCAGUCCAGUCCCUAGAUCUAUAACUAAUCCUACUAAAUCAACUACACCUUCUGAAUCAAGCAAUACGCCUACUAAAGAGUCCAAACUAAGCAAUGGAUCUCUGCCGACUGAAUCUCGCUUACAUACUAAGGACGUUUUGACCGAAGAGAAACAUACUUGGGAAGAGUAUGGCUUAAAUAAGGAGGUUUUAAUGGGUAUCCAGAAGAAAGGGUUUAAUUGGCCUUCACCCGUCCAGGCUGAAUGUAUUCCCCACUCUUUGGCCGGUCGGAAUAUUGUCGCUCGGGCUAAGAAUGGGACGGGGAAGACGGGCGCCUUUGUUAUUCCUCUUCUCCAGAAGGUUUCAGCCGCCAAGCCUUAUUUACAGGCCUUAGUACUGGUGCCUACGCGUGAGUUAGUCUUACAAACGGUUAAGGUCUGUAAGGAAUUGGGACACUUUACUAAGCUAAAGAUGUUUCCACUUUAUGGAGGAGUAAGUGCUAAAGAUGAUGUAAUUCGUUUAAAGAAUGGAGCACAUGUGAUUGUAGGCACACCAGGCCGAGUUCUUGAUUUUGUUUCGCAGGGGGUUAUAUGUUUAGAUCAGUGUCGGUUGUUAGUUUGUGAUGAGGCCGAUAAGUUGUUGGGCCGGGAGUUCUGUGAAGUUCUUUGCCAGAUUUCAGAGAUGUUACCGGCCAAAAGACAGAUAGAGAUGUACUCAGCGACUUUUCCGCAUACGGUGCAGGAGUAUAUUGAUGGGUACAUGCAAAAUCCAGUGAAGAUUAACUUAAUGAAGGAGUUGGCCUUAAAAGGAGUUAAGCACUACUAUGCUUAUGUUAAGCCGGCUGAUAAGUUGCAUUGUUUGAAGACUUUGUUAAACCGGAUUGAUUUAAAUCAGUGCUUUAUCUUUUGUAACUCGAUUAAUACUGUUGAGAAACUAGCUAAGCGGAUUACUGAGCUGGGUUUUGUCUCUUAUUUCAUUCAUAGUCGGAUGAAGCAGGAAGAUCGCAACUUGGUUUUUCACAACUUUUCGACCAAGGGCGAGUGCCGAAUUCUGGUCUCGACCGAUCUAGUAACGCGAGGAAUCGAUGUUCCUAGUGUGAAUGUUGUAAUUAAUUUUGAUCUCCCUUGGAGCACAGAGAGUUAUCUCCACCGAAUAGGGCGUAGUGGAAGGUUUGGGACCGAAGGUAUGGCUAUAAACAUGGUUACGCCGGGUGAAGCAGACAAAAUUGCUGGAAUAGAAGCUGAUCUUGGUAUCGAGGUGCAACCGUUCUCAGGUAAAGUUUAA